UUGAAUGAUGGUAGUUGCCAUAUAUCAAAGCGCUUCUCGGCCGAUCUGAAAAAUGUCCGACGAAUCGAGCCCGCUUCUCCCCGCCUCUGGAUCAGCAUCGGUAUCAUCGGUCAAGAAGAACAUGUAUUGGACCCUGGGCUGCAUAUAUGGCGCCACCGCCGUUGGCCUCGGCGCCUUCGGAGCUCACGGGCUGAAGAAGGUCGUCACGGAUCCCGCUAAGAUUGCCAGCUUCACGACCGCGGCCCAUUAUCAGCUCAUCCACUCCGUGGCCCUCCUCGUUGCGACACGCGCUGCACCUGAGAAUAAGCUUGCGGCCGGUCUGCUCACGGCGGGCAUGACGAUGUUCAGCGGUAGUAUAUACGCCCUUGUGCUGGAUCCCGCCCGGUUCCGCUUUCUAGGACCUGUCACGCCGCUCGGGGGACUCUGCCUGAUUGGCGGGUGGGCUGCUCUCGCCUUUUAAUGCGUUUAUCUUGGAGCCGGGCCUGAAUUGCGAGGGCAGUUCGAUGGUUCAAGUGAAGGAAGAAGGCUGCACGACUGUGUACGGUAAUCCCCGAGUCAUCGGCGGUUUACUAAAGAGGGCGACGAGAUGAGUUCUCAUUGGUGGUUGGAGGAGUGUAUGUAUUGUUAGUUCAGAAACGAAGAAGGUAUAUGUACAUUAACCACUAGUAUAUAUUUAUUGCUACCUACUCGACGGCUUUCCUUGAUCAUGAUAGCGACGUUGGGAGAUCAAUAUAUUGGUUGUUCGGUGCUGCAGGUAGUUCUGCAACAGACAAUGAUCUGCACCAGGGGUUGAGAAGGAGCCGAGACGUCACCUACCUAGUGAUUAUUAUCUUCUCUUCCAAACAUAUUUGACUGCAUGAUAGAGACAUACUUCGCGAGGUCAUGUGACAAUUACCACCUAUCUGCUUUUCCACAACACAGGAUCCCGAGGGAAUGGGUCAACCUUGGUGAAGCAUCUUACAGAUAGCCAUGGCCAGUUACGUCUGCUGUUCAGCGUAUCUAACGCAGCUUAUUUUCAUAAUUGAUAUGAGAUGAAUCAUAACCUAACAGGUAUCUCAAACGCGGCUUCUGACGCAGUCAUCUUCUCAUCUUCUGACCCAUAGCUCUGAUAGCGCCGACCCUCGAUCGAGAAUACCCAUGUACUGUACCUAAGGCAAC